AUGAGACGCACCACACUCGUCACCUUGACGGCCCUAGCCGGCGCACGUGGCGGUCUUGCCGGGACUACAAUCUGGGCGACGCCCCACGACAGCUACUCGUCAUCUAUCGGGGUCCUGGGGUGCAAGAUCGAUACAGACCGGGUGGCGUACUGGCCGGACUCGGUAUCGUGCAGUAACAUUUGCGUGUCGGUCAGCUAUGCCGGGCGGAGCGUCAAGCUGCUGCGCGUCGACCAGUCGCAGGGCGCCUAUGACAUGUCUUACGAUGCCUGGAACUACCUGUACACGGGAGAGUCGGCCCUGGACAACCCCACGGCCGGCGGCGCCGUCGAGAUGGAGUACGAGGACCUGGACGCGGGAGAGUGCGCCGACCUGAUCCACACGGACGACAGCAAGUUGCCCUUGAGCGCCUCCAACUCGAUGAACUUUCUUGCUAGCUGCCUCGAGGCCGAGAGCGGCGACGACAACUGGGUCGGCGAUAACUACGUGCUGUACAACAUCCUCGACUCGAUAUGCUCGUGGGGCUACGACGAGGAGUGCACCCUGGACUGGCCCAGCGCGAACCAGGCGACGUGCGCGAAUCCCUUGGGCACCCCAGUGACCCUUACUUCUGAACCCGUCUACAACAUCCUCUACCCGUCGGGCCAGAAGGUUCUGGCGUCGACGGGCCAGCAAGUCUCGGAUAGUGCCCAGAACGGCAACUCUGGCAGCGGGUUCGCCAUACCAGACUCCCGGUGGCUUACGGCUUUGGCAACACUCAUGUCGUUGUUGUCUUUAUCCGGGUGA